AUGAGUGGCGAUAAUGAAUUUUACUCACCACUUUUCAAUAAAAAUGGAUUAUCAAAUUCGAAGCGCCCGCCUUCACAAAUUUCAAAUUUGAUGCGCCCAUCUUCACAGAUCUCCUCAAAUUCAAGGCGCCCACCUUCACAAAUAUCCUCAAAUUCGAAACGUCCACCUUCACAAAUUUCCUCAAAAUCGAAACGCCCAAUUUCACAGGUCUCCUCAAGUUCGAAGCGCCCACCUUCACGGGUCUCAUUGCCCGAAGAACGUCGACAAGAACGUGAUUACAAUUCUCAUAACGUACCACCUCUACCACCAGGAGAUCAAUUUUUUCAACUUACAUUACCCAAACAAUAUUAUCCACCCGUGUUACCUGAAGAACAUCAACAACAACCUCGAUCUAUUCAUAAUCGUCAAGAAUCCUCAAGCAAUUCUAAGGAUCAAGAACUUCUUCCUCCAACUUCAAUUCAAUCACUUAAUAAUGUUCAUUCUACCGAAUUGUCGUCCGCACAUAAUUCGGUAUCAUUAUCUUUUAAUACCAACGGAUCUCAACUAAAUCUAAUGUCUUCUAAUACUAAUUCUGGCGCUAUGGUCAGUACUCCUCCACCUACUAUUAGUUACCCGAACUAUGAUGAAAAAAAGUUUAAAGGUGAUCCUUCUAAACUUUCCAGUGGCAAUAAUUCGAAAAAACCUAAAUGCAAACUCUGGAUCAUUAUUGCAUUGCUCGCUGUCAUAAUAAUAAUCAUUGCUGCUUCAGUUACAAUUGCCAAAAUUGCCGCUUCUAAUUUACAAUCAAGUAACACACCUGCACUUAAUGGUACUGAUGGUACUAAUUCAACUAAUGGUCUACCAUCAGCCAAUAAUCCAACUGGAAUUAAUUCAACUAGUGAUAUAACAUCAGCCAAUAGUUCAACUAAUUCUACUAAUGAUUCGUCUGUUGGAACUAGUUCUACUAAAAAUUCAACUGGUGUUAAUCCGAGUGAAAGUCCAUCAUUAACCAGUAAUUCACCUACUCCAACCAAAUCAAAAAAUUCUAAACAUACAACUUCUACUUCUCCUACUGAUAGUGGAGAUAGUGGAGAUAGUGGGGAUAGUGGGUAA